CGGAGUCUAUGGGAAGUGGGCGGUGUCGGCGGAAGUGAGCACAAAACCCAACGGUGAGCGCAGAGCGGAUCGGAGCGGAGCGGAGACGUGAGCCGGCGCCAUGUACCGGGUGGAGGAACGGGGCGGAGAGUACACCAGCUCCUACAAGCUGUAUUUCCGCAAUGCUCAGGGUCAGAUGAUUUCUCCUUUCCAUGAUAUCCCACUUUGGGCUUCAGAGUCACAGAAUGUGUUUAACAUGGUUGUGGAGGUUCCUCGCUGGACCAAUGCAAAGAUGGAGAUUGCAACAAAGGAACCAUUGAAUCCAAUCAAACAAGAUGUUAAAAAGGGGAAAAUGCGAUUCGUGGCAAAUAUUUUCCCCUAUAAAGGAUAUAUUUGGAACUAUGGGGCUCUUCCACAGACAUGGGAAGACCCUAACCAUAUUGAUGACUUGACUCGAUGUCGUGGAGACAAUGAUCCUAUUGAUGUCUGUGAAAUUGGGACCAAAGUGUGUAAAAGAGGUGAGGUUAUCCAGGUAAAAGUUCUGGGUAUCCUGGCAAUGAUUGAUGAAGGUGAAACUGACUGGAAGAUUAUUGCAAUUAAUACUGAAGAUGCUGAUGCAGAUAAAUUUAAUAAUAUUGAUGAUGUGAGAAGGCUAAAGCCAGGCUAUCUGGAGGCCACCGUUGACUGGUUCAAGCGAUACAAGGUGCCUGAUGGAAAACCCGAAAACCAGUUUGCAUUCAAUGGUGAAUUCAAGGAUAAGGACUUUGCCAUUAAAGUGAUCAAAGACACACACACAUUUUGGGAAGCUUUGAUAAAGAAAACAUCCUCUGAUGGAGAAAUUAACUGUACAAACACAACUGUAUCUGGAAGUCCCUUCAUGUGUUCUGAAACAGAUGCUACUGCUCGUAUAGAAAAUUUACCAGAAUGUGGAUCAGGUGAUUCGGCGUCAGUGGAUGUGAACAACUGGUGGUUUGAGAAAAAGAAAUGAGUGAAGAACUUAUUGCUGCUGUAAUCCAAAUUAUUCACCUGCUAUGUUAUCUCUAACCAUAUAACAAUCACAGCACGGAAACAGGCCAUCUCGGCCCUCCUAGUCCGUGCCGAACUCUUAAUCUCACCUAGUCCCACCUACCCCGCACUCAGCCCAUAACCCUCCACUCCUUUCCUGUCCAUAUACCUAUCCAAUUUUACCUUAACUGACACAACUGAACUGGCCUCUACUACUUCUACCAGAGCGUUGAAGGAAAUGUGAAGAUGACUACUAAGUGUACAUCUGUGAUGAGUAGUAUUUUGAUAUUUUAAUUGCCCAAUAAAUAUUCAUGAUCUGUC